UAACGCGUCCACUACACCUCACCAACAAUAGCUCGACAACCUCAUAAGACACAACACCCUUGAAAACACAAAGGGAACCUAGUGCUUAUCUAAAAGUCUGAAAAUGAAGAGUCUUUGCGUGCUCUUCGUCUGUGCUUUGUGGGAGGUGAAUGGAUACCCGUACCCCUAUUAUGGGACGAAUGUGGAUACAAUUUCGUACGGAUCGAGUGACAGCAAUCGCGGUGGAGUUUCCUUGAGCCGUUACUACAAUCCAUACUACAACCCUCGGGCCUACGGAGGAGGAAUGGCUGCCUUCAUGUUCAAGCCUGAAGAGCAGUACCAGCCUCAGACCAGCAAAUACUACGUCCCAGACAGACGCCGUCAAACGCAACCAGAACUAAACUAUCCUCAACAAAACGAGGUCUACUACCCCCAAGUGCCUGAACAAGCCGAACGAUUGCCCGAACAGCCCGUGAUCCCAGAAAACCCUAUAGCUAUACCAGAAAUACCCACAGUUACCGAAGCAACCGAAAUCGCUGAACCUACUGAAAAAUCCGAAGUUGGAACUACUACAUUAAAAUCUGUUAUCACACCAGAGUUAACAGAACCAGAAUCCGAGGAAAUACCAAGGACAGUUUCUAAGAAGCGUGUCUCUAAAAGGAAACAAGUAAAAAGGCCUGUAGAGGAUGUAGAUGACGAUGAAGAACGUGAUGAUUUUCCUGUGAAGAUGCCAACUGGAACAUACUUCCCGAUGUUCUUCGGCUGGGGUGGAAGGUCCAGUAGCGGUACUCCAGGGGGUGCAACUGCGAUUGCUAAUGCUUUCAGCACAGGGCGUGGGGGUGUUGCUACGAGUCACGCCACCGCAUACGGACCACCAAGCCCUGAAAAUAAAAGAUUGUAGUUUAUCAUAGUUUGUAGGUUUGAUAAUAUUAUCUAUUGAUCUAUUACUUAAAAAGCCUAUAUCUGUAGUCACACGCCAUCUAGCGUAAAAGCCUUAAACUAAGCGCGAAUUUUCCAUAUAAGGCAAUAAGGCAUUAGUGCAAAUCCAAACGAUUUUCUUGACGUGUUCAAGUUCAGUUUAGUUGUAAAAGAGGGCGAUACUCAUCGAUCGAUUAAAUAAAAUGAAAAUACAUAUUGUGAAAUAUAAAAUGUAUAGCAAUAGUUGUUUAACAACUUUUUAUAGUCAAUAGAAUUUUAUAAGAAUUUCAUUUUUUGUUACAAACAAUAAAUUGAUUAUUUUUAA